AUGGAAGACAAAUGGGUAGGGCUGGCGCUUGCAAUAGUCUCGUCGCUAGCCAUUGGCAGCAGCUUCGUCAUAACCAAGAAAGGCCUGAAUGAUGCGGCCGACAAGCACGGAUUUGAAGGAGAUGGCUUUCAGUACUUCAGGACGCCACUUUGGUGGUUCGGAAUGGGCUUGCUAGGUUUUGGCGAGUUCUUCAACUUUGCAGCAUAUGCCUUUGCGCCGGCUAUACUGGUCACUCCUCUCGGCGCACUGAGUGUACUGAUCGGGGCGGUUUUGGGAGCAUACUUCCUGAACGAAGAGCUGGGCAUAUUGGGCAAGCUUGGGUGUGCCAUGUGCUUGAUAGGGGCGGUUAUUAUUGUCCUGCAUGCGCCGCCAGAUCCAGAAAUCAACACAGUAGACGAGAUCCUCCAGUAUGCGAUCAAUCCAGCUUUCAUGCUUUACUGCGUCGCUGCGAUAGCCUUCUCCCUCGUCAUGAUAUACCGAUAUGGCCCGUUGUACGGCAAGAAGAACCCCCUCAUAUACAUCUCGAUCUGCUCGACCGUCGGCUCGGUGUCAGUCAUGGCGAUCAAGGGCUUCGGUAUCGCGCUGAAGUUGACCUUUGCCGGCAAUAAUCAGCUUACGCAUCCUUCAACCUAUGUGUUUGCGGUCGUAACAGCGGUAUGCAUCACAACGCAGAUGAAUUACUUCAACAAGGCAUUGAGCCAGUUCCCGACACAGAUCGUCAAUCCGCUGUACUAUGUCACAUUUACGACUGCUACGCUAUGCGCAUCAUUCAUCCUGUUCAAGGGCUUCAAUACAACGGAUGCGGUCAACACGCUAUCGCUGCUGUGUGGCUUUCUGGUCAUCUUCACUGGCGUGUACAUCCUCAACCUAUCACGAAGGGAUCCAGAUGGAUCGCUUGCGCUCAAUGGCAAGACAACGGUGCAAGACGCUGCCCCUACUGAUGGAAUCUCUAACAUCAUAACCAGGCGCAGCAUGCAAGGUCGGCGCAGUAUAGACCCGUACGGUCACAGGAGGAGCAGCAGCGUGACCUCAAACUUCAGCCUGCAGGGGAUACAAGUACGGCGGCAAGGGGAAAGCGAAGGCCUGAUGCAUAACUACGAUCUGGAGCAAGGUGCAAUCGGGCUCUCGGAUUUGGUAGAAUCGCCGACGCAAGCAGAGCCUGCGAGCGGCACCAGCAGUCGGCGGAGGAGUGGUGAGCGAGAGAUCAAGACGAUAUAUGACCGGCCAAGUCAGAAAAGCAUGGAUCGAUGA